CUAUGGCUACUUGGCAACAACCCUCAGUAAGUCCUUUUGGUGACCAAACAUAUCCUGAAGCUAGGGGACAUGGCUAGAUCCAGCAUAUACUGGUUUUGGGUGCAUGCACAGUAAGGCAAACUAUGACCUUAAAAUGAACAUUUGGAGGUGUGGGGGGAAAGAUCUCCAUUUUCCCUCUUUUGGCUAUGCGUAAUUGGGAUUAAAGUCAAAUGCAUUGUGGGAAGAGAUGUGAACUAAAGCUUACAUAACCCAUAUCAAUUAGAACUAAAGGACACUCCACUGCUAGCAGUGAGCUCCCUCCCCCUCCGGAACCCACAAAAGGAAGCCACAGCCUUUGUCCACUCCAGCUCAAGUAGUCUGUUGGCCUCUUGUAGAGUAUCUGGCCUGUACUACGUCUGCUUCUGAACAAAAGUCCUUGUCACUUUUCCAUCUGUGUACACCUUCAAUUUUUUAAAAUGCAGUGCCAAGAACCUGGAGACACCCAUCUGGAACAGAGACCAUUGGUACUAGGUGGGUGGGUUCAGAGCUGGUCACACACUUACCCCUUAUUUCCUCCCCACCUUAAAGGGGGUAAAAUUCGGACUUGCUGGCUUAGCUCAUCUAAGCACGGAAGCACAGACAGCACAGUAGAGUCAGGCUAUGGAUAACUUCCCAUAAAGUCAAGUUUCAGAAAUAGUGGGGCCCACCCCGUGUCAUAGCUAAUGAGACACAGGCCGUGGAGAGCGUCUGUUCUCGGGCUGUCACUGCACUGUCCCCUGCUCUAGGUCUCCUCUGCUUUUUAGAAGAAAUUUUAUGUAUGAGCCAGCCAUUUUCUCAGGACAGUUUUUUUGCUGUCAUUUAUUCUUCCCCUCCAGAUAGCUUUUGGUUUUUAUUUUAAGCCAGGAUGAGCACAGUUAAUGUUCAGAAGGUCCUUCGUUCCCAAACUAGCUCACGUUCGAGUCAGGAGAAGGCCGGGUCCAUUUCCAAGUGUGGGCGUUAAGUGCGCAGAGGAGUCAGAUAGGAACAGGUGACUCAGGACCAGCGCUGGGCAGGGGACUGCAGAGAGCCACAGGGAACAGGGUCAUCUGUGCAGAACCCCUGCCCCACCUCUGCGUGCUCUCUGUUCACAGGCCUCUCUCUGUCAAAGAUGCGGCUUCCCAGAGUGCUCUCCUCUGGAAGCCCUGCAUUGACCUGUUUCUCGGACUCUCUCUCCCCAGAUCAGAACUUACAGCUCCUUGGUCCUGGCCUCGAAGCUGCCUCUCAUGCUGAUGUGUACUGGUUACGUCAAUCACAAGUGAACCACAGCUGGCCCGCCAUGAACUGGAAGGUUCUCGAACAUGUGCCUCUGCUGCUGUAUAUCUUGGCAGCAAAGACCCUGAUCCUUUGCCUGGCCUUUGCGGGAGUGAAAAUGUACCAGAGGAGAAACUUGGAAAGAAAACUGCAAGCUGAGAAGAAGCGGCAAUCAGAGAGGAAAGAGAACUGAAGAGACCUUAGAGAUUUUCCUAUUUAAAUGUCAGCUUGGGUGGACUCCAGCAGCGAAGAGAGAAGAAAGACUUAACAGAGGAGGACACACUUCUGGCCUAGACCUUUAACUUAAAUGAUUAACAGCGUGAAUUUUUAUAAGUUUUUAGAAGAACCAGUAUUUUGUUUACUGAAAUAAAAUGCAUUAUUCUUAAAAA